AUGUGGAUCGCACCAACCGUAUGCUACAUCCUAAUAUUGCUUCUUUCACUACUAGGGAUAAGAUAUCACAUUAAUGUCUUUAAGUACCCCAUAUACUUGACUUUACCAUUGACGUUGGGUAUAUACAUUCCGUUAUCUAUCAUAUUCACCCUACCAUUGGAUUACGUUUCCCAUAACACUCAACUGACUGAGGAAAUAACCUGGUUUGGAUUACCUGAUUCUAUUAUUUUAUACAUUUGGAAAUCAAAUUAUUGGAUUACUUUCCUUCUUACAUGGAUCAUAUUACCCAUGUUGUUGGAGUUUUAUAGAUCGGGACAUCAUGACACAUAUGGCAAACUCAAAGAUGCGAUUAGAGAAAAUUUGAAAUUCCAAGCUAUCAUGAUAUCAGUUUCGUUAGUUGGCCUUAUCUACUUGUUGAUUGAAGUGGGACUCAACUUGAAUCACUUGAAAUUGAUGAUUAUUGCUAUUUCACACGUGUACUCCUUGAUCUUGGCCACUUGGUUAAUGGGACAUGGGUUAAUCAGUAUACCUCGAAAUAAGUGGAUUCAAGGGUCAGUUGUCAAUGAUUUGAAUCACCAUUACCUAAAACUUCCUAAACUUGUUGACGAAUUAGAAGAUAUAAAGAUUACUUUUAGAGAGGAUGUGUUAAAAGUGAUUGUCUUGAAGCAAAAUUAUACUAGUGAAUCAAUCGAAGAUUUCAAAUAUCGUGAUUGGAUUUUGAACUUAUAUGACUCGGUACCGGGUGAUAUUAGAGAGCAGGUAGAGAAGCAGUACUUGCAUGAUAAUACAGUCAUAAAUCGCGAUCAGUUGAACGACCAGUUUAUGACAAAUUUAAAUUCGCUGUUCAAUCUGAACUUAAAUAGACUUAUUGGUUACCAAUCGGAGUUUAACAGAAUGAUUUCCAAAAUUCUACGAUUGGAAGAUGUGUUAAAUUCUGUUUCCUCGAGAGAAUUGGUAUUUAGGGUGGACAAUCAUCGUGUGUUGUGGAGUCCCAAGUAUAACUUUAUUUAUUGGUACUACCUUCGACCUAUAUCCAACAAAAUUGGAGCAGCUAUUUUGGGAUUGGCAUCGCUUGUGAUUUUGCAGUCUGAGUUCUUCCAUUCGACAAGGAUGUCCUUGAUGAAUGCAUUUGUCUACUCGACAGAUAUUCACAAUCAUUCAUUUUUACAAUUUGCAAUUUCUUGCAUUACAUUUUCGUACAUGUUAUUUGCAGCAUUGAACUCAUUAACGCAAUUGAAGAUUUUCAAUAUGUAUCAUUUGGUUCCCCGUAAUUCCGACCCUGUACUGGCUUGUUGGUAUGCCAUGUAUAUCGCCAGAUUGACAAUCCCCUUGAGCUAUAAUUUCAUAACGUUGUUUGUUAGUCGAGAGUCCAUUUUUGAAAAAUGGUACGGUCAGUCAGUACAUCUCACUGGGUUGUUCAACUUGUUGAACAAUUGGAUUCCACGGUUGAUUUUAGUCCCUGUUUUGUUGGCCAUGUUUCAUGUCUAUGAUCGAGUCAAAAAAAAACUUGGAUUUGGUGAUCUUUAUGACUCGUGGAUCUUAUUUGACGAAGACGAAGAACAUGACAAUGAUGAUUUGAAUAAGAGAUCAGACUUGAUAAUUAUUGAAGCAAAGAGAAUAGUGUCUAGGGAGAUGUCACGUCGGCAGAUGCAGUUACGUCCUUUCCAUUUAACCAGUAGCAGCACCGAUAACGUCAGCACCUUGGAUCCAGCAGACGCUAACUACGAAAGACGAAGAAGGGAGUUCAACAACUCGCUAGCUAAUAGAAUUGACAAUACACCUGAUGAAGAACCCGUUUAUUACAAUGGUACGUUGAAUGCACCCUCAAGUGGUUUAUGGGGAAGAAUCAGUAAUACUUUUGGUGGAUUUUUUGAUAGGAGUGGAAAUAGAGCUCCACAAAGACCGUAUAGAGAUGAACCUUUAGAUGAUUUUGACUAUGACAAUGAUGCGAAUGAGAAUCUAGUGUUGUAG